AUGAGUGACGACUCUAAAACAGGUUGGAUUUGGAAGCUUUCCAAAGAGCAGUUGAAAAUCGAAUUGCAAAAUCGUGGAGUGCCGUUCAGUGAAAGUGAUAAGCGCGACAAUUUACGUGAAUUGUUGGUGAAAUUCGUGCGUCAAAUCGCAGAAAAGUCCGAACCAUUGGAAAGUUCAAAAGUCGAAGGCAUAGAACCUUUAACAAGCAAUCGGCCUACAUCGACAUCGGUCGAAACCAAAACAAAGGCAGAGGUCGACGAGAUCGAAUCUAAAGCAAACAACAGCUCUGAUUUUGAGGAAUUCUACGAUACAUUAGUCGAUUCGGACACAGACAGCACAAUGUCAGAAAAUAAUUCAAAAAUAAAAUUUUGUCUUAACAAGGAUAAAUGGGACACGUUUAUAGAACGUUUGGAAUUUCAAUUUCUGGCGCGUGAUACAGUCGACGCAAAAAAAGCAGCAAUACUGCUUACAUCGAUCGACGAAGAUGCAUAUGAAUUAAUAAAACAUCUGUGCUCUCCAGAAAAAUUGUCGGAUAAAAAGUACGACGAACUCACAAAAUUGAUGCAGGAUCACUUAAGUCCUCAGCCUUCCGAGGUUAUAGAAAGAAACAAAUUCUAUAAAGCAUUCCAAGAGCAAAGUGAAAGCGUUACCGAUUUUGCUACAAGGUUAAAAAAAUUGUCCUUGUACUGCAAAUUUUCAAAUCUCGAAGAUUCCUUGCGUGAUCAAUUUGUAUGUGGUUUGCGCGAUCAAGAGACGAAAGUCAAACUUUUUGAAAUGGAUUCACUGACAUAUAAUUCUGCACUCAAAGGGGCGGUGGCACGCGAGACUGCACAGAAAAAUGCAUCCAGCUCUAAUGAAAGAAGAAACUUUCAACAGGAUGUAUUAGCGUUAGAUUCGCACAGUUCUAGUAUGCGACAAAAUUUGAAAUCGAGUCAAAAAAAGAAUUAUGUCAAAUUUCCCCGCUCAAAGAUUGGUGAACAAUCAAUAAAAGACAAUACAUGUUGGAAUUGCGGCGGUCGUGGGCAUACGCGUUAUCAAUGUCCAAGCCCAAGUACAUCGAAACCAAGGCAAAACAACGAAUGUGCUAGUUGCGGGAAAGCAGGACAUCGACGAGACACAUGUAAAUACAAAAAUAAUACAUGCGAGCACUGCCACAAGUACGGACACAUUCAAAGUGCCUGUUUCUCGAAGAAAGCACAAGCCAAAAGCGCUCUCAAGAAGUUAGACAAAGACAACAGCGACUGUGAGGACGUUACCGACGAUGAGCAAGCAUCAAACGAUACGCACUACAUCAGCGCCAGCGACCAUCGAAAGGAUUUCUACAAGUUAGAAUUCAAAAAUAAAGCGUAUGUAAACAAAACUUUUGUAAGUGGAGAUCGCGACGGCGAACCGAUGUAUGUUAACGUAUGUGUGAAUGAUACGGAUAUUAAAAUGGAAAUAGAUACGGGUACUUACGAGACUGUUAUAUCUGAAAAAAUUUUGCACGAAAAAUUUAAAAAAUGGAAUGUUUGCGAUACGGUUGUAAGUUUACGUGGAUAUGACGGUACUGUUAUGAAUCCGAUCGGUAAGUUGUCGAACUUGAAAAUAAAUCUUCGAAAUAAAACACGUGAGCUUGACUGUUAUGUAUUGCCCGGCAGAGGGCCAGCGCUUUUAGGACGUAAAUGGCUUGCAGCAUUCGGAUGCUGGCCAUUGAAUAUAACUGAAAAUCUCGAUAAAUUAAUGAUUAAUAAAAUUGAUAUUAAACAUGUACCGGAUUACAUUAUUAAUAAGUAUAACGAAUUAUUUAGUAAUACACCGGGUUGCUACAAUAAAAGUAAAAGUAAAAUUUAUUUAAAAGAUGGUACUAAGCCAAUUGCAUUUAAAUGUCGACAUGUUGCACAUGCAUUAAAGCCGCUAAUCGAAAAUGAAAUAGAACGUUUGGUCUCGCUGGAUCACUUGGAGCCAGUCGAGGUUAGCGAAUGGGCUACUCCGAUAGUGCCCGUGUUUAAAAGUAAUGGCAAUAUACGCAUAUGCGGAGAUUUUAAAAUCACUGUAAAUCCACAUAUAAUUAUGAAUAAAUAUCCGCUUCAUACUAUUGAUGAUAUCUUUUCUGCCUUGCAAGGUGGUUUAACUUUUACCGAGUUAGAUUUGCGGCACGCAUAUAUGCAGUUCGAAGUAGAUGAAAGUUGCCGAGAUCUCCUAACAAUUAUCACUCAUAAAGGUUCUUUUCGUUAUAAAAAAAUUCCAGAAGGUAUAGCGCCGGCCCCGGCUGACGUACAAAAGAAAAUGGAUGAAUGUUUAGCUGGUAUAAACGGUACAAUAUCCUAUAUCGACAAUAUUUAUGUAACAGGUCGUACAAACGAGGAGCAUAUAAAAAAUUUAGAGGCUGUUUGUGCGCGACUUCAAAAAUGCGGUCUUCGCGUAAACGUCGAUAAAAGUAAAUUCAUGCAAGAUAAACUCGAUGUUCUAGGUUAUGCAAUAGACAAAAACGGGCUACAUAAGUCCAAAACAAAAGUCGACGCAAUGGUUAAUGCUCCGCAACCUUCAAACACUAAAGAAUUAGCUUCUUUUCUUGGUCCUCGGAAAGGAAUUCCUCAAACGGCUGACAAUAGAUUCCAAAGAUGGGCUUAUUAUUUAUCAGGAUAUCGAUAUAAAAUCGAACAUAUAAGUUCGACUGCUAAUGCAAAUUGCGACGCGCUAUCACGAUUACCGGUUAAAACGGAUGUUGACUUAUCUAUCUUUGAUCCCGAUUUUUCAAACGUACAUUUUUUUAGCGAAGGUAUCUCAACUUUAAAUGGUAAAAUGUUGGCAAAGGAAAGCUUAAAAGACGAAAUUAUUAGUAAAGUAAUAAAAUUUACACAAAAUGAAUGGCCAAAAUCAAUAGAUCUGACAGAUGAAUUAAAGGCAUACCACAGAAAGAAAUUAGAAUUAACAGUAGAUAAAAACUGCUUAUUUUGGGGGUUGCGUGCUGUCAUUCCAAGCAACAUGAGACCGUUGAUUUUGCGCGAACUACACGCUUCACAUCUCGGAAUUGUAAAAAUUAAAAUGUUUGCACGCUCGUAUGUUUGGUGGCCGACAAUCGACCACGAUAUCGAAUUCACAGUAAACAAUUGUGAAACUUGUAUAAUUGAAAGGAAGAGCCCACCUAAAACUCCAUUAACUACUUGGCCUUGGCCUACUCGCGCAUGGAGUCGUAUUCAUUGCGAUUUUUUAGGGCCAUUUUACGGAAAUAUGUAUCUUGUAAUUAUCUGUGCUCAUUCAAAAUGGCCAGAAGUUAUAAAUUUCAAAAAUAAUACAAAAGCUUACAGACUAAUUGGAGAGUUGAAAAAUCUGUUUGCGCGAUUCGGUUUACCCUUACACGUAGUAACCGACGGUGGACCGCAAUUUCGCAGUUCGGAAUUUCUAAGUUUUUUGAAAAGAAACGGCAUAAAUCAUAGUUUUUCACCACCGUAUCACCCCGCCACGAAUGGUGCAGCAGAAAAUUUCAUUGGUAUUUUUAAAGAUAAAGUCACUAAAAUUGUUAAAGGGGGAGAGACGGUUGAGAAUGCUGUAAAUAAGUUCUUAUUUGAUUAUAGAAGUAUUGAACAUUGCACCACGGGUAAAAGUCCCUAUCAACUUAUGUUUAAUCGCGACAUACGCACAAGGUUUGAUAUGUUAAAAAACAGCGUAUUCGAGAAAGUACAAAAAAGUCAGAGAGCACAGAUAGCUGCAAAAGGUGGAAAUCGUAAUUUAGAAUUAGUCAAGGACGACUCUGUAUACAUAAACGAUUAUGGUGUAAACUCGGAUAAACGUUGUAAAGCAAAAGUUAUUAUGCAGACAUCACCAUCCACUUUCGUUGUACGUGAUGAAAAUAAUGUGAUACAUAAACGCCACAAAAAUCAAAUUAUAAAAAAUGUAAAUCUUCGGAGAUCUCCGCGGUUGAAUGAAAAAUAA